AUGGAUCUACAGACACGAGUGAAGGCGUAUCGCUUCGUCGCCUAUUCGGCGGUGGCCUUUUCGGCCGUAGCUGUACUCUCUGUUUGUGUCACCCUACCACUUGUCUACAACUAUGUACAUCAUGUGAAACGCACCAUGCAACAGGAGAUUGCCUUCUGCCAGGAUUCUGCGGAAAAGAUUUGGACUGAGGUGCGUGAGCUGAAGGACAUCCCCACCGCCCGCAAUCGUACCGCUCGCCAGGCUGGCUAUGAUUUUGCCGUCACUGGAGGACAACAAGCUCAAGCAGGAUCUUGCGACUCCUGCUGCCUUCCCGGCCCUCCUGGCCAAGCCGGAACUCCCGGAAAGCCCGGACGCCCCGGAAAGUCUGGAGCCCCAGGCCUCCCUGGAAACCCUGGACGUCCCCCACAGCAACCUUGCGAGCCGGUUACACCUCCGCCCUGCAAACCUUGCCCUCAAGGACCUCCCGGACCCCCUGGACCUCCCGGAGAGCCCGGAGAUGCUGGAGCACCAGGUCUCCCCGGAUCGCCCGGCCCCAAUGCUGCCCCCGGAGAGCCUGGACCAAAGGGACCACCUGGACCACCCGGAAACCCCGGAGCCCCCGGAAAGCCUGGACAACCCGGUGUGGACGCACAGAGCUCACCGCUCAUCCCUGGAGAACCUGGACCUGCUGGAGACCCCGGACCUCAAGGCCCCCCUGGUGCUCCCGGAAAAUCUGGGUCUCCUGGAACAGCUGGUCUCCCCGGACCGAAAGGACCGCCAGGACCGAAUGGUCAACCUGGCGCGGAUGGAAACCCCGGUCGCCCUGGACAGUCUGGACCUCCUGGACAAGCCGGAGAGCGUGGUAUCUGCCCCAAGUAUUGCGCCAUCGAUGGCGGAGUGUUCUUCGAGGAUGGUACUCGUCGU